CCCGCAUGUGGUCACUCACUUUUUCAUUUCGUAAAAAUCAGCAAUCGAAUUAAGUGCUUAAUUAUUUGCAUUAUUUUUAAACAACGCAGAGCUUUCCGAAAGCUGUCACCGCAAAGUCCGCGAAGCGCCAGCACUGGCCAUAUCGAACCACCAAUAUUGGAGGACAGUAAACCGCUGUAGCACUAGAAAUCGAAUCAGAAGCAGAUUAUUUCACAAGAGCUGUGAACUGAGGGCGGAGUGGAGUGUCUGCCAGAGCGGAGAAAAGUGACUUCAUUGCAAUUAAACAUGAAAUUUGCUGCAACGACGACCAGAGUACGACAUUUUUGUAUUAUCGCCAAGCAGCAAAAUCAGAAUCAGCAGACUAUAUAUAAGAUUCGCCCGCAACAAUCGCGAUCGGAGUUGAACAAUUGCAAACGGCAAAGACAGUCGUGUAGAAUUGCCAAAAAUUGGAAACACCAAAGCUUUUGCAUAGGUGCGUCCUGAUCGGAAAUAUUUCGAAUAAAAAUAAAAAAUAAACCCAUCUCUAAAGAAACUUAAGAAGCAAAUUUUCUAACCUAAAGAAAUCAAAAUCAAUAAAUCGGAGCAAACACGUGCGUUUUAGUUGCCGCCAAAGCGACGGGUGUGUAGACAUUUUCGCCGUCGUGUAGACUUUACCGCCUGUUCUCCAUCUUUGGAAAAAAGGACUUUCGGCUACAGAACAUCUGUUCUCUUCUGUUCCGUUUUUUUUGUUUCGUUCUUUGUGUUUGAAGCAGCAGGCCACACAAUAGAAACCAAAACGUCGUCGACGAGUUUAAACAAAAUACGAGAACAACGCAAAAACAACAGCAACAUGCCGCGACGCAACAAGAAAUCAGCAGCAGGCAAAGGCCGCACCAAUGACUCUAACUCAGAGGACGAGUCCUUUGACAAUGUGAGUGUAUACUCACAUGUCUCCGAAGUUGCAUCUUCGGAUGCCACUGACGAGUUGGCCAAUGAGCGAUUCGAGGAGAAGUUUGAAAAGGCCCUGGAACAAGCCACCGAGAAGUCAGUCCAAACCCGUGUCCAGGCCCUCCAAGCGAUUUGUGAGCUUCUUAUGCACCGCUACAUUCCUGACUAUGUGGAGGACCGCAAGAUGACCAUGAUGGACUUCGUGGAGAAAAGCAUCCGGCGAGGAAAGGGUCAGGAACAGGUGUGGGGGGCUCGUCUCGCCCCCCUCCUGGUGCUCCAAAUGGGCGGUGACCAGGGCAUCUCCAAGGCGAUGAAUCAAUUUCUAUUGAACACCGUUCAGGACAAGUCCGUGGGCUUUGAUGCUCGGGCCAAGUGCUGCACAGCUCUCGGGUUACUGAGCUUCUUGGGCUGCGAGGAUGUCGGGGAAUUGGUGCAUCUGAUGCAGUGCUUCGAGGCCAUCUUUGCCGGCAGCUAUUUGCGCGGCGAUGACAAGACACCGGUAUCGGUUACUGCCGAGGCUGGAACUCUACAUGCGGAGGCUCUCAACGCUUGGGGGCUCUUACUCACCCUUAUCCCCUCGGGAGACUUUGUUUCGUUGAUGACCACUGGCCAGAAUAUGUUUCCUUCUAUUAAAAAAUUCUUGGGCUUGUUGCAAUCCACACAUUUGGAUGUCCGCAUGGCCGCUGGCGAGACCAUUGCUUUGAUACUGGAAUCGGGCCGUGCCCACGACGAGGAUUUCCUUGAAGAUGAUAUUGCUGAACUGUCGGAGGCCGUCAAGCAGCUGGCCACAGAUUCGCACAAAUAUCGUGCUAAGCGCGAUCGCAAAGCCCAGCGGGCAACCUUCCGUGAUGUUCUGCGCUACCUAGAGGAGGACAUUUCCCCGGAAAUCAGCAUUCGCUUCGGUACCGAGUCCUUGACACUUGAUUCCUGGUCCAUACACCAUCAGUAUUCGGCCUUGUGCACUGUCAUGGGUCCUGGAAUGACCUUGCAAUUGCAGGAGAACGAGGUUAUUCGUGAGAUAUUCCAGCUGGGACCGCGACCCACAAAUACCGGUAUCAAUGGCAACGCCAAGAUAAAGCAAUCCAAAUUGGAGCGACAUCUUGUGAAUGCUGCUGCAUUCAAGGCACGCUCCAUAACCCGUGGAAAGAAUCGCGACAAGCGAUCGGCCGUCGUCACUUAAAUCUAUACUCCAUCAACUGUUCCCAUCCACUGACCACAAAACCAUCUCAAAGCCCGUUAGCCAACUCUGGACUUACUAGUUGAAUUGUUUCUAAUUUUAGCUUGAACCAGGCAAAGCGUCGCCAAAGCUGAAGAACUAAGUCUAAAUUUAGGAUAAUUCAGGAUAAUCUAACAAAAUUCGUCUAGUUUAUUACCCACGCGAUGGAGCCAUUGUUUAAAUAUUAUUAAAUAUUUAUUGCAAACACAGUUUUUGUGUUUAAUUAACUGUAAUGCAGGCUCCAGCUUGGAAAUCAUACUUGGUGAAUUUUAAUUUACACUGCGAUUGUUACGACUAGCUUGUAUGCUUUUCGAUUUGGGUUAACCUCUUAUGUUGUUGAUCUUUUUUUACAUUAUUAGUAUACAAAAAACACAUUUCUGCUUUAAUGUUGCUAAAAUAGUUUAAUGCAAAAUAACAAGUUAGUCAUAGCUUGACAUGGCUUUUAUUGUGCAUAUUGAGUAAGCUAUAUAAUACAUAUAUUUUGUAGUAAAUACGUGUAAAAUAAACUUUAGGCUUAAA